AUGGGGAAAGAACGAACAGAAGUCCAAAAGAUAAGGUGAGGCGAUAAAAAGGGAGGGGUUUUCUUAUAACGAUUAUGUCUGAUACCACAUUCUAUUAUAGUCCAUCAAAAACAAAACAGACUAUUGGAAAUGAGAACGAGUUGAUCAAAGAUGCAUUAUGCCUCUGGGAAGAAAAGACCCUGAGCAGUGGCCGAACGGUGAUCCCUUUCUCUUUCACCGUACCUGAGAAACUUCCACCGUCCUUCGAAGGUAAGGGUCAUCCGACUUCUAGACUAAGGCCAGUCCAAAUUCUAAAACAAUCCGGAUACACAGAAAAAGCACGGACUUAUUUUUAAAGUCAUGGGUGCCCUGUCUACAUCAGCUUUUUGUUAAAAAAAAUAAUAAUUAUUACCGUUUUCGAGAAAUGUCGACAAAUUCCAAAAAAGUGACACUUCAAAGCUAAAAUAUUUCUUGGCGUGUGGCGGACUCUUUACAGUAAUUUAUGGGGCAACGUAAUGUUAGAUUUGUGGUUUCCAACAGUAUAACAACCGAAGUUGAGGAUUCAAAGUUAAAAGAACGAAGUCGAUUAUGACCCAAAGUCGAAAAAAGACGUCCGAGAAAAUGGCUAGCCAAACCCCUGAACUGAUAGCCAAAUGGCCCACGUGCCUAGCCAAGGAACUCGGCCAGUGGCCGUUUUACAUUUUUCCUUAAUUGGUAGUUUAGUAGUCUUUUUUUGAUUUUUUUCUGAAAAUACUUGGCUUAUUUUUAGGGUUUUCGAUGAUGCUGAUUUCGAAAAUUAUAUUCAUUUUUUAUAACUGCCAGGUACAAUGGUUUAAUAUGUGGAACCGUGAUUUUGAUUUUUUAAUGUAAAGAAUUAGAAUAUCUGACACUUAUUGUCAGAAUUCAUGCUGAAGUUUGAGAUUAAUUUGCUGACGACAUCUGAUGUUCUUUUUAUAUAAUCCGCGAUAAUUUUGACCAAACUGAGACCAAUUUGGCAGCGGAAAAAUGUGCUGACAGGUGGAAAUUUAGCAGAAAUCCGAAAAACGCCCAAGGUCUGAAGAUUCCGAAAUGAUCGUCACCAUUUUUUAAAUUUUUCACUUUUUGGUGGGAAAAUCAAAAAAAAUCUUCUUGAGUAGGAAGUCCUGACAUUGUGAGUCAAAAACGGUGAUAAUUAUUUUUUUACUAUAAAAACUUGGUAACACCGAUCUAGAUGUCUAGUAGACCAUAAAUUCUUAUGUGCCUAUUCGUCCGCUAGUGUUAAUUGAUUUUCAUUAGGCGAAUAUGGAUUUAUUCGAUAUCAGCUGAGACUUCGGGUCGUCAGGCCUACCCCUUUCAUUGACCAAUUUGUCACAAGACCUUUGUCAAUUACACCAAUCUACGAUCUAAAAUCCCUACCUUAUACCUCAUACAGAACAAGAAGGGUGAUUAAUGAGAAAAGAGAAAAAAUUCUCAAAAAUGGAUAUCUGAAGGCCAUAAUCAACAUCAACAAAAGCGGAUUCGUGUGCGGUGAGAAAGUGGAUAUCUUGGUUGACAUAAACAAUGAAAGUCCUGCAAUAAUCAGAGGAAUAAAGGGGGUUCUACGACAACACAUAACAUACUUCAGCUAUGAUGAAUGUGAACCAAAAACUAGGAUAAAAAUAGCACAAUGCUCAUACAACAUAAUUGAGUUCGAUCAACGAUAUGAAGUGAGUCCGAAGGAAAGAAGUAUAUACCGCGGAAAGAGCCCACAAUUACCCCCAGUGUCACCAAGCAUCCGACGAAAACGAAUACAUAUUGACUAUGAUAUUCAGGUGAGUCCAAGCACAAUAGGCAGAGGUUUAGUUUGAAAUCUAUCUAGAACAAUGCCCCUCGGCAUUCGCUUCGAUCCCCAUCAUAAUCGGAAACGUACCUUGUAAUCACUCUGUAGACCCACCGACCGUCGCUUUCCAUCGACUGGACCGACUCACCCCGCCAUCUCCAUCAAGUGUAACAUCCAUUCUAAGCAAGUCUGAACCAAUUGUAUUGAUUAAGUUUCAGAUGA